AUGGGUAAACAUGAAAAACAACUGCCCACCUUCCCCGAAUUUGAUAUUGCAGGGAACUCUUUCGGAUCAGAGUGCAUUGAUUCUAGCACUACGCCGAUACACACAAUCCCUGCUCAUCCAAACCCACUCAACAUCAAUCAAAACCCUAAACCUAAAUCAAAAUCAUACACGCAAGUUGCAACAACGUAA